CAUUUAGUGGUGAAAGGGUUUUAAGUAAAUAUGCAUUCUUAUUAUAUCUGCGCAUCGAAGCUCUUCAAACUUUAUGUACUUUAUACGCAUCGGUUCAUGUCCAUUCUACAGCAGGAUUUAUGUAGAGCAAAAUGAGUGGCAGUAUGUCGAAGUCUAGAGCCUGGGCAAUAGCUGUCAUAGUUGUAGUGGCAUGUAUUGUAGCUGUUGCUAUUGGACUUGGCCUUGGACUUCAGAAAGAUGACGAUGAUAAUCAAUCUAAAAUGGACUGUCCGGCACCUGCAGGGCCACAAUCGUCAUCAAGACUGACCAAAGAUUCGCCGAUAUAUGUAGUACCAACGAAGAUGAACGAGGGAUUUUAUCGAUAUGCCAGCGUAUCUACAGAUGCUAAAAUAUGUUCGUAUUAUGGAACUGAGACAAUGGUGCGACAUGGGGGUUCGGCAGUGGACGCCGCUAUAGUUGCUAUCCUAUGUAACGGUGUAUACAACCCACAGAGUUGUGGAAUAGGGGGUGGAUUUUUUAUGACAUACUAUAAAAGAUCUGAGAGUAAAGGCUAUGCAAUAAUGGCGCGAGAGAUGGCCCCUGGUGCGGCGACAGCAGACAUGUAUGUGGAUGAAAACGUUUCUUCACGUGAAGGCGGAAUGUCUAUCGGUAUACCCGGAGAGAUCAAGGGACUACACGAAGCUUGGAAACUUGGUGGCAAACUUCCCUGGUCUAAAUUAUUCGCACCUGUUAUUCAGAUGUGUAAACAAGGUUUUCCUGUUGGUAAACUCCUCGACACCGACAUUAAAAUUAAUAUUGAACAUAUAAAUCGUUAUGGGGAAUUGAAGGCUAUGUUGACGAAUACAGAAACUGGGAAAAUAGUGAAGGAAGGGGAAACUUUGAAACUACCAAAACUUGGAGCAACAUUUGAAAAAAUAGCAGCCGACCCGUACGCAUAUUAUAAUGGGUCUCUAGCAGACGAUAUUGCAAAGGAUAUUGCUGAUGGCGCUGGUAUUAUCACUAAAGAUGACCUUGAGAAAUACACGGCAGCUGUGAAGGAUGCAUUGUCUGUAGACCUGUCUGGUGGAGAUUACAGAGUACUGUCCCCACCACCACCCUCAAGUGGAGCUGUUAUACUGCUUAUUCUCAACAUUUUAGAUGGUUUCAAUAUGAAUGCGGACAGUGUGUCUACAGGAGAGAAGGCCGUGGAAACUUACCAUAGAAUUACCGAAGCAUUUAAGCACGGGUUUUCUGUGAGGACUAACUUAGGUGACAUGGACCAAGAAAACCAAGAGGAUAAAGACACUAUACUCGAGCUUUUGCAAAAUAUGACGUCACUGACAUGGGGUGCGACGAAAAGAGCAAAGAUAACGACAAAUACCCAUGAUACAGCCUAUUACGAGCCAACAUACAGUUUUAACAUACCAAAUGCCGGAACAUCACAUAUAUCUGUGAUCGGACCAGAAGGUGACGCAGUGUCAAUAACUAGUACAAUUAACAUCUAUUUUGGAUCCAAAAUUGUUGGGUCGCGCACUGGAAUUGUAUUUAACGACGAAAUGGACGACUUUUCUACUCCAAAUACCACUAACUAUUUUGGAGUGCCAGCGUCUCCCGCCAAUUUCAUUAAACCUUAUAAGCGCCCUCUAUCGUCAAUGUCUCCUACAAUAGUAUUGGAUAAAGACGGUGACGUCAAACUAGUGACGGGAGCAACCGGUGGUACAAGAAUCAUCACUUCUACGGCUUUAAGUAUUAUACAAACACUAAUGUUGAAGUUUGGUCUCAAAGAGUCCACGGAGUUUCCCAGGAUACACCAUCAACUACUUCCGCCGGAUCUACGUAUUGAACAAGCCAUGCCUCAAGUGAUUUUUGACGGUCUUAAGGCUCGUGGACAUAAGUUUGAUAUUAGAGAGAGACUUGGGUCUUCUGUACAGGCAAUUCUCACUAUGGACAAACAAGAAAACAACAUACAGAAUAUACUUGCUGGGAAAAAGACCAAAAUUGUUUCGUUCAGUGAUCCAAUUAGAGAUGGGGUAGCUGAUGGAGUGUAGAUACCAGCCAAGACAGUUAUCGCUAUAAGCAACAUCUUGUAUUACCCCUUGUAUUACCCCCGUGUUAUAUGUGCCAUUCAAUAUACCUAUAUAGAAUUCUAUGUUUUACAUAUAUCUUUUAUUUCAAUGAUUUGGAAACAUUAUGAGAGCUAACUCAUAUUAAUAAGUUAGGGUAAUCUGAUCAACAUAUGGCGGACAGAUAAAUACACCUAUGAUCACUUUACUUAAUAUACAUUCUUUAAUUGAUUAUUUUAAAACAAACAAAUAUAUGAUUAGACGCAUGUUAAUAUUAAAUACUCAUCUAUAUUAAAAGUAGAUGUCUGUUAUCAAGUUAGAUGCUUUAAAAUGUUUUCAUUCAUUUAUUUCAUAGUAAUAUAUAUACAUGUUCAUGAUUAUGCUUUUGUAGAUUUUUUAACCACCUAGGCUCUUUUAUACGAUAUAUCUUAUAUACUUUUUUAUAUUUGUAUUUUUACUCAUACUAUAUUUUAACUUUUAAAAAAAUAAAAUAAAAUCUAACAGGAAAUCAUUAUAUACACUUUUUUAUGAUGAUAAAAUCAAAGCGCUGAAAGCAUUGCUGUUUUUCGGUACCGCGGGAAUUCGUAAAUUCUCCAAUUUUCGGAAAAACAUAUAUGUAUAUGGUAUUCAAUUUAUGAUUUUACAAAACAGAACAAAUGAAACCAUCAAAUAUAACCAUUAAAUCAAAAAAUUUUCUAAACAGGAGGGUCAUGGUGGCGCUCAUAUAUCACCCAAUUACUAUGGCGCUUAAUGACAACUAAUAGUGUUAACUAUUAAUAAAAGGAGAUAAAGGUCUUAAUCACAACGCUCAUAUCUGCAUCGGAAAAAAGUGGGCAUGUGAAUAAUGUUGUUUUUUUCUUCUAUAUUUGGGCUUUGUGGCCAAAUCAUCGCAUCAGUCUUUCAUGCUUCCAAAAUAUUUGGGCUAAUAAUAUUACCUCUUGAAUGUUAA